AUGGAUCGACUUAGGACUAAGCGAACUGUUCUUCGAGGUCGAAAUACACGGGUCAUCAAUGAAGCGAAGGCCCUGUUGGACGCCGAAGGUGCAUCAACUCAGGAACUUACCGAGUGCCUCGAACGUCUCACGCUUUACAACACGGAAUUGAGACAGGUAAAUUGCUCUUUGGAGCCACUCUUUGCUAUCGAAGACCUUGAGCGAGAGCUCACCACCAGCAACGAGUACGAUGAGCUGGCCCUGAAGACACUGUCCAUGUUAAAUACCUCUUCACCCGUGACCAGUGGAGGUCAGGAAGCCUCACGAGAAAAUCGUAGAAGUGGGGCGAAGCUUCCAAAGUUGGAAAUACCCAAGUACAACGGAGACUUAUGCAGUUGGCAACCGUUUUGGGAACAGUUCAGAGAUGCAAUACACACCAACCGUUCUCUCCCUCAGUCAGAAAAAUUUCAUUACCUUCGAGCCCUCUCGACUGGACCCGCUGCAGCAGCAAUUGCAGGGCUACAAGUCACUGAAGCCUGCUACGAGGAUGCUUUGAGCUUGUUGAAGAACCGUUUUGGCGAUAAAGGGAGAAUCGAAAAGGAGUAUUUGUCGCGGCUGCGACAUCUCCCUACCGUAAUUUCUUCAAAUGAUGUAUCAUCGAUGACGAAGCUGUACGACUAUUUGCAGGCAAACAUUCGUGACCUCACCUCGUUAGGUACUCCUGUCUCCUCCUACGCCACCAUGAUGAGCGGUAUCGUUUUAAGGUCGUUCCCUUCGGACGUUGCAGUGGAUUUCCACCGUAGGAGAGCAACUCGAACAGAUCCGAACAAGCAAGAGACAGCAGAGGAGGAGCUCAACACUAUAAUCGAAUUCUUGAAAGUCGAGGUUGAGAGUCGAGAGAGGAGCAAUCCUAGUGGCAAGACUGAAGGUCGUUCUCGUCCGCCAAUUCUUCAAGGACGUAACAGCAAGAUACCGUCAGCGAACGUCCUUCAGACCUCCGCUCACCAGAACGCAUGUUUCUUCUGUGGAUCUCUGUCUCACCCAUCUACACACUGUGACUCGGCCAUGAGUCUGGAACGGAAGAAGGAAAAGUUGAAGGUGGCGAGAACAUGUUUCCGCUGCACUUUUGCUGGCCACGUAUCGAGAGAAUGCCGCAGGAAGGUUAGGUGCACACGUUGUCAAGGCCGUCAUGUAACGACUAUGUGCGACCCUAGCUGGAAGCCUUCUAAAACGCAAGGAACAAUUGAUGAAGCCACUUCUGCAGUCUGUUCCUCGCCAGCCGAAUGUAAUUCUUCUGACACGACAUAUCUUCAGACCUUUCGAGCCUGGGCAGUGUCCAGCAACGAUUGCCUUUACGUCAGGGGACUCUUCGAUAGUGGGAGCCAAAGGUCGUUUAUUCGAGAAGACGUCGCAGAGACAUUGAAGCUCCCGGUGACAGGAGAGAUCGAGAUAAGCAUCAACGCUUUUGCGAGUACUUGUUCAAAACCAGUGAGGCGAAAACUGGUGCAAUUUAAGCUUCGUAGUCAGUUCCACAAUGAGGAGGCCAUAGUGGUACCUGUGAUCUGCAAGGAGAUUUUCGUGGCACCUGUGCCAGAAGAACAUUUGACACAUCUCGAAGUCGACGACAUAGACGUAGCCGAUGCCGUUAUUUAUCCAGGAGUUCCGGAGGUGUCGGGUAUCAGCGUUUUAGUGGGUGCGGACCAAAUAUGGCAACUUCUUACCGGAGAAAUCAAGAGGUCCAGAGCCAAUUGUAACCUCGUCGCAAUGAACUCGAAGCUCGGGUGGACGUUUUUGGGGCCCAGCGGUUUACGUGGUUUAGUCGCGAGACAAUCAAAAGGUAUGGUCUGCGUGCUCCAUUCCAACGUCCAGCAAGAAUGCUUUCCUUCAUCUGCCGGCUGGAAAAAGUUUUGGGAGCUUGAAAACAUUGGUAUUGUGGACGACCUCGAGCCUCCGCAAAAUAACUCUGUCUUGAAUGUUUUCAAGGGAUCUAUCGCAAGGAACUAG